AUGUCUCUUCUACUCAGCUGUAUUCUGCAAAUACAUCCAGCGGAGCAGUUCCGUUCCAUGUGUCACUCGGAGUCGGUUUUUAUUACUUCAACCCGGAGCGAUCGGCUGGACCCUAUCAUCGGCUCCAGCUUGAUGGUCUCAGUUUCUGACAACUGGUUUCUUAGCGUCAACGCAAGUGCCACACGAGAGCGGGCAGAAGAAAUUUCGCAAGACGCCAUCGGAUGGAUAAUCAGAUACCCCUCCCUCUCCACCGUGGAUCAGAUAAUACCCCGAAGGCCCGAACAGGCACUUGAGCCUGAAUUAUCAGACCGCUAA